AUGUCUAUCACUAACAUCCGCUUGAUGAUGGUGGGUUUAAAACAGCUCAACCCGAAGAUAAACGCAAGAUAAGAUCAGCUUUCGUCAUUUAACUCAUUAGCAUUCUUUUCGAAUGCUGAAGAAUUCUAGAAAUACUCGCGAGAGAGAGAAAGUCUUCCGCGGAGUGCCCUUGCACGGGCGCGCGCAGCAGGACACAGCGGCAGUGCGCGCGCGCCUUCCGCGUCUGAUUGGUUCGCUGACAGUCAGCCAGCGGUGCGAACCGGACUUCAUCAACGGACAGCGAUCGGUAUCAACCCAAGCAGUGCUCUGCGGACCGGCUCCCCGUCGCCGUACAAUUCCUCCGAAAUGAAUCCACUGUGUAGCAGAUGUAACCGAGUGGUGUAUCCCACGGAAAAAGUGAAUUGCCUUGACAAGUACUGGCAUAAAGGAUGCUUUAGCUGUGAAGUCUGUAAGAUGACUCUAAACAUGAAGAACUACAAAGGCUUUGAGAAGAGACCAUACUGCAAUGCACACUAUCCGAAGACGUCAUUCACCAGUGUUGCCGACACUCCGGAGAACCUGCGCCUGAAACAGCAAAGCAAGAUGCAGAGCCAGGUGCUCUACAAGGAGGAAUUUGAGAAGAACAAAGGAAAGGGCUUCAGCGUUGUAGCCGACACACCAGAGUUGCAGAGAAUCAAGAAAACACAAGACCAAAUCAGCAACAUUAAGUACCAUGAGGAUUUUGAGAAGGGCCGGAUGGGAGGGGAAGGCCCACCUCAGCACCCACAAACACCUCAACAAAACACACCUCCAGCAUAUCAGCACUCGGCAGCAUCUCAGAACUAUCACUUUGAGCCUGAGCCCGUGCGUCAGGCCGCUGCCGCCGCUCCUCCCAGCUCUGGGAAGCGCUACCGAGCGGUGUAUGACUACACCGCAGCUGAUGAGGACGAGGUGUCGUUCCUGGAUGGUGACAUGAUCAUGGAUGUGCAGCAGAUCGAUGAGGGGUGGAUGUAUGGAAGAGUGGAGCGCACCGGCCAGCAGGGGAUGCUGCCGGCUAACUAUGUAGAGGCCAUCUGAACAUAAAUAGAGAAAGGGGGAAGGGAGGAAAAGAAAAAGAGGGGGUUGCGGCAGAAAGACGCAGAUGAUUAGCCGAGUGCCAUCUCACCUUUCAAGAUCUCAUCUUUUUCCUCUUCUUUUCCUGCACUAACUGUCCUAUCAGGGGUCGGCCUCUAUGACCCGGUUAUGAUCCAAAACAAACAUAGUUCAGUACGUAAUCAUACACGGCAACAGCGCAUAAAUAGUGAAUGAUUUACUACUUCCACCCAUCUUUUUCUCUCUUGUCUAUUGCUUUUGCUGUCUAUCUGUCUGACUGUUUGUCUUUUUAGUAAGUGUUUCCUCAGUCCUGGAAAGGUGCUGUCACAAGUGGCGCUUAAGUCUUAACAAGACUCUCAUACACCAACCUUCAAAAUACAUGACCACACGGGCCUCUAAAAUAUUUAGGGCCUGCUAUAGAGCACUUCGCAGACAUCUCAACACACUUAUCUUAUCAGUUGCUAUGACAGUUUGUGAAAGAAUCUGGUCCGAACUUCAGUUGUCAAAUUUUUAUAUAUAUAUAUAUAUAAAUUCAUUGUUUCUUAUUUUAUUUGCAGCUUGUAAUUGUAAUGUAUCCAGUACAGUUUCACAUCUCAUCGGCUGUGGGUCUAUGAGUAACAAUUCUUGAUAAUGAGACUUCUGGUCAUUCCAAUUUUCAUUCCAUACGUCUGACCAUUUGCAUCAUGUGUUGGAACUGGAAUCUAGAAAAGGCUCCUCUUUUUCAACUGGACAUUCCUUAAACUGUAUGAAAAGGAUGGAGCCUUUUGAUACUUACAUAUUCACUUAAGCUCCUUCACAUUCCUCUAGCCCUUUACAGAAUUACUUCUAAUAUAUGAGUGUCAUUUUGUUCUGCAGCUCUUGCUUUUAAAAAUGCGAGAAAAUAGUGAUGUAUUUUGUUGUUCAUAAAGGGAAAAAAAUAGAAUCUAUAUAGUCACAUAGCAAGCGAGGAGCAGAACAGCAUUGUAGAAUAGUGAGAGAAGAGAGGAGCCCAAGCACAAUUCUAUGGACCAUUUUAGCUUUGGAUUUUAAUCAUUCCAUUUCGGUUCUGGAACAUUCCAUGUGCAUUGUAUCAAACUGUAUCUCAGAGCUGUUCUGUAAGACGUUGUUAUUAAUGUUUUUGUUUUUUCCUCAUAUCAUUGCUUAUUCUCAUUGCCUUGCUGGUAUUGUACAAGACGGAAUUUUAAUGUCAAUUUAUCAAUAUCAGUGGAAUAAAAAAAUCUAUUUGUA